UGUGGAGCUUACUCUUCUGUUAUUAUUUCUCUGAAAUCAAUAUUAGAUAUUAUUGUGAUUUGUAGUUAUUAACUCAUUGGCAUUUAAUUUACCGGUAGAUUAAUAUGAAAAUACUUUAAAUAUGUCGAACGUGUCUUAUGAUUUGGAUACAUCAGGGGGUUUAAUGCCCUUGAUCCGGGCAUUAAUAAAGCCACCUGACGAAGAAGUUACUACUCAGAAAACAAAGAAACCCCAGCAUCCUUAUUACAAACGACCAGGAAAGGGCCAUAACCGAGACUCUUGUGAUGCCUGUGGGGAAGGCGGUGAUUUAAUUUGCUGUGAUCGAUGUCCUGCUAGUUUUCAUCUUGGAUGCUAUGAUCCUCCUUUAGAUGAAUCAGAUAUACCUUCAGGGCUGUGGCUUUGCAAGCAAUGCUUAGCAAGUGAUGAAAGGGACAAACCAGUUAGCUCUCGCUCUAGCCGUGCCCAGUCACCUGCUGACAGCAGGAGUGAUGAUAAGAAGAAUAGAAGUCUCCGCAACAGUCGAGCCAGUUCUAAGAAAGGUAUAGACGAAACCGGAGAUGAAGAUGAUGUGAUGGAACAAGAGCCUCCUAAAAAGUUGACACCGAUGGAGAUGUUGGUGAAUGCAGCCAAGGCCAUGAAUCCCAAACAAUUUGAGCUGCCCAGAGAGAUGAGAAUACCUUGUUUAUUUCCUGGAACUGACAAAGAGGGCACAUCCGGGAAAGGCAACAACCCCUCUGUGAUAACAGUAGAUGCAUGGGGUUGCGUGCCAUUGCCAGCCAAGUUGUGCUAUGUGUGUCGUGGAACAUGCCGAAACGCUCCCUUGCUGCAGUGUGACUAUUGUCCGCUCACUUUCCACCAGGACUGUUUGGACCCACCAUUGACAGCUUUGCCGACUGGUCGCUGGAUGUGUCCAAAUCAUGUGGAAAAUUUCAUUGAUUGGAAGCUAGUUAAAUCCGCAUCAGCUACGGAGAGAGUUGCACUUUGGGACAAGUUCAGCAUGCCCGUCGACCAGCAAGCUAUUAAGAUCGACUUUAUUACACGGGCCAGACACCAAAAGUAUCGUGUGGGCAGAUCGCGGUCCCGGUGGGGUCGCGUGGUUGUCCCUCGCUCGGUUCAGCUUCACUACCGUAAACCUCCGCCGCUGCAGCCGUCGCGUCGCGAACACGUGCGCUGCAGGAACGUUGCCAACAAUGGAGCUGAGGACAGCAAAACAGAAGAGGAAGAGUCAUCAGAGCAGAAGCACAAGAUAUGCGUUAAUCUGGAGUGUCCUAUGAACACUUAUGGGAACUGUCCUCUAGAGAAACCAGUGCUGGUGGGAGCCAGCAAGCAGGAUGCCGACAAUGAUCUGAACACUAUUGGCGAAGGUGAUCAAAAGGAGUUGAAAUCCGAAGAAAAGUCGUUUGAGACGGAAGAUGCCGAAAUGCUGCGUGUUAAACAUCGCAAGGCUAAGAAGGAGGCGAAGGUGGGGGAGAAGCUGCGCCUCAAGUCGGAUGUGGGAGUGGAAGCGUUGCUUGACGUCGUGGAGAAGAAGUUGGAUAAACUUGACGAAAGAUUGAUCAAGGUUUUGGCCUGGCAGAGGCUUAACGAGGUGGCGGCCGGCGAGCGAAUGGUAGGUGGGUGGGCGCACACCGCCGAUUGUAACGAGAUAUCGCAGUCAGUGCGGGCGUCCGUCGCCGCGGCCGGCCUGCGGGGCGGCGCGCGCCCGUCGUCGCUGCUGGCGCGCGAGGACCGCGAGCGGAUCGCGGCGCUCGUGUGGGGCGCGCCCGACACCACGCCGCACGAGGCGCCCGCACUCGCGCCCGCACUCGCGCCCGCCUCCGCCGCCUUCACCGCGCUCUACAGCUCACACGCGACCACGCAGACUGGAAAAAGUGAAGUGAUAGUGGGUGAUAGCGUGGCGAUGCGAGCGUCAUCGCUAGUGAUUGGUCGCUCGUCGAGCAGUGGCUUGGUAUUGGACGCGCGGUGUCGCCGGGUCACCGACAAACACGCCGUCGUGUUCCGAGACGAGGUAACAAAUCACUUCGAGCUGAUCAACUAUUCGGAGUACGGGACGCGGAUUAACGGCGUGCUGUACGCGUUCGACCUGUCGAAACACGACACGAAGGACACGCGCGACCGACCGGACGCUCUGCGACAUGUCCUCAGCAAGGACAAGCCUAAGUUCAAGAUAACCGACUCGUUGACUCAACCAAUGAAUGAACAGCAAUUUUGCAAGUGUCCCGAGAAGCCGCCGCCUUGUGAUGCUGCGUGGGAGGGCUCCGCCCUGCUGGUGCACGGGGCUCUGGUCGAGUUCGGCUGCCUCAAGUAUAUAUUCAGUGUUACAGACGUGAAAUCAUUCCCAUAUGAGAGCCCAAAUGAAGAACCCGCUUUCUAAAAUGUAGACCAUUUUGUUUCGUAUCACUGACCUGUAUAAAUACCACUGGACAGGCUGUUCCAUAUGUUUGACACCAAUUUUUUUUGUGCCUAGUUGAAGCGCCACUCGCGAGCGUCCAGAGAACUAAUUUUGACGAAUACAAAUGGCUGCGGGAGAAGCGUACAGUACUCUGAAGUGUUUUUGCAGUUUGGAUUAAUUUCGUUCGUUUUUCGUGUUAUUUAUACUUCAAGAAUUCACGUAUUAAAGUAAGCAUUUUUUUUUUGUAAAUAGUUCCCCACCAUCUAUCGAUGUUUGCUGAGGUUGUCAUCACUAGUUUAAGUACCGCAGACUCUUGCAGUGCCGUAUCGUUCAAUUUUUUUUUUUUUCAAAAUUUUAUUUGUAUAAUUAUUUUGUUGUUUCUUAGUAUUUUUUGUCACUUGGGACUAAAAAUAUACAAACUUAAUUUUUAUAUCAACUCGUAAGUUGAAGAAAACUAUGAUUUAUCCAGUCAUCAAAUAAUGGUUAAUAGAUGUAUACUUUUUUUUAACCUAUUUAUGUCACGUCAUGCUGUUUGUUUUCCUAAUAAAAUAAA